AUGAUGAAAGCUACAACAUUCGUAAAAUUAUCUCUGCUCAUAACCUUACUUUCAUUCUCGCAUAUCUCUCUCGUAUGUUGUGCCAACAUUGGCGACAAAGCUACUGCCACAUUCACCAACCUCUCUGGAACGAUGACGUUCACUCAAAUUAAAGAAACAGUUGUCUUAAUUGAUGGGAAAUUUAACAAAGGCUUUCCUGAUACUGAUACAAAUUCCGACAACUAUAGCCUUGAAUUGGACAUUCUAGAUCGUGGUCACAUUAAGAUAUCUUUCACUCGACUGGGUGCGCAGAUCGCGCCUCCCGGAACCACACCUUUCGAAUUCUCAGGCAACGCGAUCCUUGAAACAAUAGCUGGUCCAAUUCUUUCGAUUAACCACCUUAAUCAAACACUUGAUACAGCGGUUGCUCAUUAA